AUGCAGGGUAGCAAACACGUAUAGUCCAUGGGGCUGGCCUGAUCGUAAUCCUAAAACGGGCGUGAAGUUUGGCUUCUGUGCUAACAAGUAGCUACCAUAAUGCGAUGCUGUGACGAUCCAAUACUUAAUUGUCGGCCAGCUGCAGAAGCGGAGUAACGCAACUCUACGCCGUAUAGUGCUUAGCUUGUUUUCGCGGGACCUUGUCGACAUCAAAACAGACGUACUGUACUCGAGUGUACAGCUAAGAACGAGUUACCCGGAUCUCUGGACAUGGCAUUACGGCUAUUGGCGCUAAUGCUAACGCAUCUAGCUAGUUAGCUCAUUUGGCUAAGCUGCUGAGCGACUGACGGCCGUUGGAGCGGCUGUUAAUAUUCGCGAGCAACAAGCUAAGCCAACAAUCGCUAACGUCAGCUCUGUGUUAACCACGCGUUAUCAGAACCACUUGAUGUAAAACUGCAUUUGACUUGAACGUUCAUUGUGCACUUCGUUAUCAUUUAGUAGUUGUAGCCACCACGAUCUACUUUACUGAACGCGCUUUCGAUGGUAACCGUUGUAGUCAGUAGGCACGCUCUUGCAACUAUCAGCUCGAGUUACUGGUCAUUGUGCUGCAUUUAGCCAUUGCAUGCUAGCCAUCCAUCUGGAAAGUUGGUGAAUCCACGUAACGUUACAAAUAACGUUAACGCGGACCAUCCGUGUCGUGGCAAUUCUGUUGUAAAUAAUAGUAGUGACAACGUUAUUUUGUUUGACGGCGUUAAGUUUUUUUUGUACGGUAGAGUUGUUCAGGAGACGGGCCUCGUUGAUUGCGGUGGGUUCUGUCUGACGCUGGAGCUUUUAAAAAAUAACUUCUUUCGCACCAGGCUGAUUGAUGAUUUAUUCUCAAACGUGCGGAGUUGACACGUUUCGAGAGCAAACAUGUAACAACUUAGACUUGGCCUUUGGGAUCACAAAACGAAUCGCAACAUUAACUUGACACAAUGCACAAUUCAGGAGUCCUAUCACAAGAAAAGAUGGAGCUAGACCUGGAGAGCCCAUCUUCCUUAGUUCAGACGGAGGGGCAGCUGAGAAGAUCCAACAGUGCACCCAUGAUUAAUGGCCUAAGUGAUAACUCCCAAGUGUUUCAGAGAGAGGUCUUGCGAUGCCGCAGAAAUAGCACAACGGUUGUCAACAGGCCCAAUGUGGUUCCGUCGUCGCCCAUCCGUGUUCCCAGCACCAGGCUUCAUCAGAUCAAACAAGAAGAGGGGGUCGAUCUGAUGAACAGAGAAACUGCACAUGAGCGGGAAGUUCAAGCUGCUAUGCAAAUAAGCCAGUCGUGGGAGGAAAGUCUUAGUCUGAGCGACAAUGAUUUGGAAAAGUCUGCAUCGUCGUCUCCUAAGCGCAUCGACUUUGUGCCUGUGUCCCCAGCACCAUCUCCAACUAGAGGGAUAGGGAAAAAGCAGUGCUUUUCUCCUUCCCUUCAAAUCCUUGUGAGCAGCAAUGGCCUCACUCCCAGUCCUAUACCAAGUCCAACCAGACGCUUUGGCCGGCGUAGCCAGAGCCCCAUCAACUGCAUCAGGGCCAGCAUACUUGGACCCAUCAAACGCAAAGGUGAGAUGGAGACAGAGAGUCAACCGAAAAGGCUCUUUCAAGGCACCACUACUAUGUUGUCAUCUGAUGUCUCCAACUUGGCAGAUCUUGGCUCCUGCCACUCUCCGGAUGGUUUGUUGGAUGGCAGCCUCAGUAGCAUCUGCUCCUCAACUGACUCCCCGGGCAAAAUGGAGGGAGUGUCACCGUCUUCGUCCAGCAACUCUCCCUUUGCUCCCCUCCAGGAUUUAUCUCCCAAGUAAAAGCGUGAUGGCAAUAAGACACAUCCCAAAGCCAGUCUUCUCUGGCCAGGAAACACGUUUCCCUGUAGACCCUCCACCUCAGCAAUGUCGAGAGGAACGCGCGGAGUUGCUGGUUUUCUGGCCAUGUCUGAAGUCAAGAGGUGAAAGCCAUGUUGUGGAGUGACAAACGGUGACAGUGUGAAAGACUGAAGAUGCUGAGUACAAGCUGCUAGUCAUUGGAUGGAUAGUGCUCGGCUUGACUGGCUUUAGCGCUACAAUUACAAUAGCUAUCAUUCAUGUGUGUCCCCCUCAAUAGAGAUGAGACAUGAAGCACUGGACAAAACCCUGUUUGGAUUUGUGUAUUUCCCGUUUGUGCUGGACCCUAUUUUUUCCAACAGGCCUUUGUAUGUAAAGACUUGAGUUUUGUUUUGUUUUUUUUGUAAAGAUUUAACUUAUUGUUUGCUAUCAUAUACAUAGUAAUCUUAUGGAUUAGCUUCUAUAGAUUAUAAAAUUGAUGUGAUGAGGUUUAAUGGUGACACCAUGCGUCUGCAAAAAAAGAAUAUAUGGAAACUUUACUGUUAUACUGCGUAGAGACAACUGUGCCCUUGGUUAAAGAGAGUGCAUGUUUGUAUGUCACAUGGCACACCAGGAGGAGCAAUGAAAAACCUUGCAGUUACUUGCAUACAACAGGUGGUGGUCUUGGUAGUGUUUAACACUGAAGGCCUCUCGAUAGUUGUACGGGGGGGGUAUUUAUGGUAAAACAAAAAACUUUAUUUAGGACUGCGAUAGCGUUCUAUCCCGAGUAUAAGUUAACAUUUGUGUUAUUUUGAGUGCAGUUCACAUCCAAAUGGCGCCAGUGCUUUGUUUUAUGGGAGGCUGCUGUUUCUGCUGUGGUUCAUGUUGCACAGGGUUAUCUGUUUGUUUUGUUUUCAGCCUGUGUUAGUCUUAAAUGAGGGAGGAGUUUGACUGGACCUCCAAUUACUAGAAAAAUAGAACCGUAUGUCAAGUUUAAGCCUAUACUGUGACUUUUGCACCUAAUUUGUGAUCACCUGUCCCCCUUUAUGUACGAACAAGGAUGUGAUUGUAAUGAUUUUAAAGGAGUUGUGCCCUUUUUACUCUGAAGAAUGGUUUGUUUGCAGUUAUGCAAAUGAAUGUCAUUUUACCCUAUCCAAGAUUAGAACAUGGAAAAAGCGGUUAGUUUGCCCAUCUGUCGAUGCAUGACUUUAGUGACGUCAAAUGUCAAACUCGCCUUUGCUUUUUGUUUGCGUUCAUAUCAAAGAUGAAAUAAAUUAUUUCUUU